AUGGGAAGAAGUGGAGCGAUACAAGUUGUCAGCGAGAAACAGGGUUGCAUCAACGUCACCGAUAGUUCACAGCUGCAACUGGGUUGUUCUCGAAAAUGGAUUCACAACGAAUACGAGGAAGUGAUGUGUGCUUGUGAAACGGACAACUGUAACAGGGACGAUCUGUCCGCAUCUGCUGUUCUCUCGUCUGCUACUUAUAUGACAGCCUUAAUCAUCGCUAUAGUGAUUCACUGUGUGUGA